CGUCGCACGUCAAAUUUGCACAAUUGAUUCGUCUGAAGAACAAUUUCGAUUAAAUUUUCGGUGUAAAUUCUGUAGUUGUUCGUGUCUGCUAUCGCUGGAUGUGAUAAAGUCGAAAUUGUACAGUGAAACAUUGAAUUCUUUUGCCGAUUGUUGCUGCAUUCGACUGUAUUGUGUUCUUGUGUUUGAGUGGAGGCAGGUUGAUAGUAUAACCGGAACAUCUUCAGUACACAUUAAACGCAUCGAUAACUAACAACUGAUCAAUUGAACGUAAUUCUCAAUUUAGAAAAAAAAGUAAAAAUGCCAAAAGCAAGCAGUGACAAAUUGAGAGAAAUAUUCAAGAACGACGGUUACACAUACGUUGUAAAGUCGAUAGAUUCUGAACGAAUUGAUGCGAACUAUCCAAACAUACCCUAUUGGCAUAUAAGUGUUGGAGAAGAAUGUGUUCGCAGCGAUUUUCCUGAUGCAACUGUCAUUUGUUUCGAAUAUCGUGGAUCACAUUAUAAAUUAGUGAGUAACUGGGGUAUUCCAGACUGCAACGAUGGCUGUUUUGGUGCUUUGUUCGAUGGAAACAAUGACAAAAUACUCGAUCUACUAUCGACCGGAGAUGUGGAGACAACAAUACGAUCGCAAAAAAAUGCGGACACAACGUUGGAUGAUGAUUUUUCAACCAAAUUACGACCAUAUCUGAAAUUUUUCACAAUCGUAUUGGAAAAUACAACUGAAUUCGAAUAUUUGGCAUUUAAAGUGUUAGCAGAAAAUCGUCGUUUAUACGAUAUUGACGAAAUUGACAACCCAGCGGUUUAUAACAGCGAUUAUGACACUCCUGAUGACGAUGAAGAAGAGUACGGAGAGGGAGAAGUAGAAGAGGAAGACGAAAGAGGAGAAGAAGAAAUAGAAGAGAUAGAAAAGAAAGAGUUUCAUAGAUAAUAUAAUACAUUUGUAAUGGAAAUAUUGUUCAAAUAAAUAUUUACCAAUGAAAUUCUUCAAAACAGAAGACGAUCUUCCAUUCCCCUCAAAUUUUAUUACAUUUUUCCACUUUGUUCAAAUAUGUUAUGCAUUUUGUUCUACAUUGUCAUGCACUUGCGUUGUUCAAGUUUCAAAAUGUAUACAAUUAUACAAAGAACACCGCAAAUGAGUAGAUUGAUGGUACGAUUUUAAUACGUGGAGUCUACAACUUACAUUGGCGAGUUGCGUCCUACUUUCUUUGUUUUUUCUUUAAUUUCGUUUUUGAUUCAAGAUGGUAGAGGCAACUACAAGUAGAGUAUGUGUACAAGGCGUCUGUAACUUUAAGGAGCCAAAUGAUAAGAUAAAAUCCUUAAAACUCACGUAUCCGAAAAUUUCAAAGAUAAGUAAUUAAAAAUAAAUGAAACAUGGUAAAUGUGGGUUGCUUUUAAAUAUCUUUUAGUUGUAAUAAACUUCAUGUUCAUAACGAAAAGAGAAUACAUGGAACUACAGCAAACUGAUUGAACUGAAUUUGAA